AACGCGGAGCGCGUUUUCCUGGAGCGCUGGACGCCAUGGCGUUCAGGGAGGAUCAGGUGGCCGCAGCGGUAACGUUUCUGACCCACGAUCGGGGGCUUCGGGGUUGGAUCGCAGACAAAGAGGAUUUUCUCUUCCAGAAAGGUCUGAGCCAAUCCGAAGUCUCCGAAGCCCUCCGCCGAGCCUUGACGGGGGGUCCCGUGCCGGGGCCCAGCCAAGGUCCGCCGGUGCUGCCGGGUUGGCCCAACGCGUGGUAUGCCCUGACCAAGCCAAGACGGAGGUUGGCACCCUGGUGGGUUCUGCUCCUGUCUGGCCUUGGCAUUGGAAUGGCCGUCUCCUUACUGCUGCGUUUCUUCGCCUGGCGCCGUGCUGCCACGGUGCAGCGCCAAAACGCGCUGGCUGCACGGGAGGCGGCCGCAGCGCUGGUGGACCCGGAACGGCAGAAGCUGAAAGAGCUCAUGGCCGCCCUAGUCUCCGGUUCUGCCGAAACCCGUGAGGCGACGGCCUCAUUGAGGCGAUCGGCAGAGCAGCAGGAACGCUUGUACCAGAUGUCAGCUUCUGACUUUCAAAGGGGAUUGGAAGAAGCACAGCGGAAGAAAGGAAAGCGAAUGGAAAUUGCACCUGACUCUUGGAAGCUGUUGCGAUCGCUGGUGGCCAGCCAUGGUUUUCCAACGUCGGGCACCCCCGAGGAUUCCAAGAAGCUUCAGGAGUGGUUCCAAGACGUGGAAGUCACCUUGGGUCAACUGCUGGCAGACUUCCAUGGGGAUCGGCCUGGUGCAAAGCGCUCCCUGCAGACCUUGUCCUUGAUCUUGCAGAACUCGCUCAGCGGGCCCAAAUCGCGCGAGGUGAACGUGAAGAGCGCACGGUUUCAGGAGACCUUUGGCCGCGGCCGCAGCGCCGCGCAGCGACUUCUCGAACUGGCAGGUUUCGCGCAGAACGGCGAGGGCGUGGUGGCCUUGCCCGCCGCCACGUCGCAAGCGGAGCAUUUGUUCGACAUCCUGCAGCAUGCGCUGCGCAAAGACUCGGGUGUCAUCUCGUCUCACAUCGGUCAACCCUGACAUGUCCAGAAAA